UAUGACUACCAAAAGUUUCAUCAUGAUCCGUCACGCCAUCGCAGCUGCCAUGUACGGGACUGUCUUGCUCACGGUGGGAGCAUAUUAUUGCUCCCACCCUGUGCAUCCGUACGACAGUUUCAUGCACGUAGCAAGAGUCUACUUCAACAAUCGCAUGCAACGCAUACGCCUACGAGUCCCCCGAACGCAUACUCGCCGGCAUGUGAUCGACGGCAUGCUGUGGAUGAGUAGCUUUUUCUACUCGUACUUUCACAUUUACCGCGGCAAGACGCCGCCCAGGUUACCCUUAGAUUGAUUGUAGGAGCAGUCGCGGCCGGUUGUUCGUACUCUGACGACGACAGUGGGGUAGAUUACAGAAGAGAUCAGUGUUAACUUUGUAUAGGUUGUACGUUCUUUAAUUAUCUCGUGUACAUCCCUUUCUAAAGAAU